AUGUCGUUUUCGUUUGAAGUUAAUCCUCGUUUUUUGGUCGAUAUUCGUCAUGAACCAAAACAAAUACUUGAACCGAUUAGUGGCUAUGAACAAGAGCCACUAUUAUCUCUUGAAGAAGCCUGUCGACCACUCGAGAAUAUUCUUGGCAUAGAACUCAACCUGUAUAUUACUGUUGCUAAACUGAAUUCACAAGAACCCGAAGAUAGACUUACUCAGGAUGAGUCAGCAUCAAUAUAUUUAUAUACCAUGGAAUGGAAUGAAACGGAGAAUAGUCUUUAUGCUAUUCUCAAUCAAACAUUUCGUACAGCUGAUAGAAGUAAACUUCGACCUUGGUUCAAAUAUUUGAAAUUAUUCUUUACUGCAAUAUUCAAAUUACCGUAA